AUGAAAUUUCCAACAAAACGUGACAUUUUCCACUCAUCAAAUGCUUCGACUGAUAAUGAUGAUAGCAAAAUAGAAAGGAAACCGGAAGAAGACAAUGUGAAAAUGUCAAGAUCGCAUUUAGGUUUUAUCAAGCGUAGCGAGAUAUUUAAUCUCAUCAACGUAAUUGCUACCAAUAGAAAUAACAAUAAAGUGUAA